AAAACACAAAUCACUCAAUUAUGUCAACAAAAAUAAGGAACAUAGCAACAGUUCGGGAUUAUAGUGAAUUGUGAGUUGAGGGCAAUCCGCGUGUAUAAAGUGAUGGGAAAGAUUCGGGAAUAUGGGGGAAUCUAUGGAGAAAAAAAACCCUGCAUAGUUGAAGGGAGAAACGUUUGGACAAACUUUUGCCCUUUUUCGUCGUGCUUGGAUGCGAUUCGAGAGGACAUAUUGUAAGGUCAGAAUGCAGAAUAGUUAUAUAUUUCUUUCACUUUGUUUACUCCACAAUUCACUCUCCUUUUAGUGUAAAACCCUUAGCCCUCUUUUCAGUGGAGUUGAGAGAAACCCUACUCCACUGCCAGCAAGUUGUGGUUAAAGUCGCCUAUUGUACGGGGGUGAAAACUAGGCACUGCAGAAAGAAAAUGUGCUUGAUCAAUGAAUUAGCAAAAGGAGAUAAAUGAACAAAAUAAAUACGUGCACAAUGGCAGAAAGGGAGAAGGUGUAUCGCAGUGUCUCUUUCAAAAAGUUAGGUUGUAGCGCGAAUAAAAGUUGCUGUGAAGAACAACUAAACAAAACAACGAAUUUGGAGGGUAGGAGCAGCGCCCUUCCCCCUCCAUCUACAGCAGCGGCAGAGAAAGCGCAGCCCUCGGCUAAGCGUAAUGUUAGUGUGUCAAGGAAAGUUUCCAAAAUCUCCGCUGCCAGCCUCCCAACCGCAGAGCUAAAGAAAGGCUCUUCCACUCCUCUCUCCUCCAUUUCUCCCUCUAUUCGCCAACUCACUGAGAAGUUCAGUAGCACUAAUUCGUCUCGAACGCAUGGAGCUCCGAGCCCUGGCACUAACGUUGCCGGGAAAAGCACAACUUUACCCAGGGUUAAAAGCAACAGGGGAGAAGUGUCCCCAUCUCGGAAAUCAUUCCACGAGGACAGUGGAUAUUUACAAGUUACUGACACGGUUUUAACAGUGUCUCCGAAUGACACUAAAGUUAACGAACAGAAGUUUUAUUCGGGCACAGACUCGGUUUCUGGAUCGGAUUCGGAGAGAAAUCAAAAAUGGAUGUAUACUCGCAAAUCUCCUCAAGGUGGAGGAGCUGGUAAAAUAGAUUAUUCCCACAUUGAUCCGUCUGUCUCUUAUAACAACAACUGCAGUAAGACUUCGAACACUGAGGAUUACGUUUUUGUCAGUGGGGCGCCUGCCUGCAAGUCACACAGGAGCUACUUCCCAAGUCACCAUGGAGAUCCUCCUGUUCACGUUGACCUAACCUACUGGCCCAGUGUCACCAAGAUCAGAGAGCUUUUUGAUGCAGAGGAUUUAAAAUGUUCUAACCAGCGCCAGCCCUCCGCCAGCUCUAAAGACAACUCUUUAGCAGACAUAAGUGACAGGCAGUCUCCCAACAGCCCAACCCCUGAAGCCACUAGCCUCUCACUGUCAGACAGACACCUCAGCAGGGCUGCCUCCCUGGGCAGAGAGAGGAGACAGCAGGGCAUGGACUCAGCCUUUCACUCUGACCAGCACUACUCAGACGACGCAGAGAUUGAGCCAGCCAGCACUAGUAUUCGUAGAAGUGGUAGGUUUCUUAGGGUGGCCCAGCCAUCAAACACACACAGAGCCCACAGCCCCAGCAGUGGAGGAGAGGGGCCUGAGACCUGGACUUCUAGUCUGAACUCUGACCCUCCACCCUCUGUCCUCACCGCUGCACCUGCCCCCCCACCUCGGAGCAACUCCAGGGGCCUCUCCUCCUCCCGUGUCCGCCCCUCUGGAGAGCAGAGGCAAAGCCAGGGGGCCAGACAGCCCAGGGACAGUUUACAUUCCUCACAUAGCUCCUCCAGACCGGUGGCCCCCUCCUCUGGUAGAGCCUCAGCCAGGGCAGCCAUCACAGCCCGCUGGAGGUUCAGCUCAGGAGACGAAGAAGAGGAGUACCACCACCGAGCAGGAGGAAGGAGCCCUCAAUCGUUAGGUGUCAGUGGAGGUUACCUCUCCCGCGGUAAGAAUGGCUGGUGGGGUGGUAAGGUCCUCGGCAGGUCUUCAGGCAGUGAGGAGGACAGCCCUGCUUCACUAGGACCCAGCAGAGACACCGUGAGACGCCGCUCACUGAGAAAAAAGAAGAACAACGAGGUUGCCGUAGCUACGGGGCGAGACGAUGGCGAAUCAGACGACAGUGACGACGAGCAGACGGGUAUGAUGGAACACCUUGAGAGACACCAACAGAACACCACCGCAGAACAGACUGGGAGCUCCCGGAACCGGCUCAGAGAACCCAAAGCCUCUAGCACCUGUGCAGCACUGUGGGGACGCAAUUCCACUCCUAACCAGAUGGGAGCUCAGGGGAGCUACAGACGCAAAUACACAUCAGUCGGAGCGGGGACAUCUCGCAUAACCACACCCCUCUCAGGAGUGUCGCGGGUGUCAAAGGUCAACAUUUCGUCAUUUAUUUCGAGUCCUGGCGGCUCGCAGAGCAGCAGUAGAUACUGUAGCACCGAGACGCUGAAAGAAGAGGACCAAGCUAGCUAUGCUAACAGAAGGGUGAACUGUAAUGUUACUACCCCAGGCAGUGUGGUUGGUGCUUCCUCUUCGAUGCUCAGUAAGACCUACCACGGUAACUUCACCAUGUACCGCUCCCCCAGCUUCGGACACGGGGAUAACUUUACCCACGCCCAUGUUAGAGGCCAACCCCGCAUUCUUCCCCCUGUCAAUCCCCCAUCCCCAGCCACAGGGGACACUGGAGGGGUUGCUAGGGAGGAGACUACAGUGUUCCGUCGGUUGCUAAGUGGUGGCGUUGUCGGUGAUAAGGACAAGAACAGGAUGUCAAUGUCAAAUCCAGACAUAGCCUCAGAAACUAUGUCUCUCCUCAGCUUCCUGAAAAGUGACCUAUCAGAUCUCAGAGUUCGAAAGACGGACAGGUCAGGGGUUACUGAGGGGUCAUCUACGGUGUACAGGAUGGGGUCAAGAGGCCUCUACUCAGGACUCCGCCCUUCAUUAAAGGACCUCACUGCAACUCUCAGACGUGCCAAAUCCUUCACUUACUCCGAUAAACCAGUAGGGAGGCAACAUCCAGCCGGCUCCUCGGCUAAAAGAAGCUCUUCUGAGCAAUGUCUGGAUCAAGACGAAGAGAGGGAUGGAGGGAGGGGGGCGGUGCCUGACAGAGAGGUGGAGAGUGAUGGAGGAGACUGCAGAGCAGGGGGUUAUGGGUAUGAGGAUGUGAUGCCCACUCCGUUGCAGGACCGGUAUGUCCAGGAGGCCAGACAGGUAAUCAGAGAUAUCUGCCAGAUGAGCGCUCUCGAGGAUGUUGACAAUGAUGAUGAUGAUGAUGUGCUAGCAACAGAUGGCACUGAAGACGAGGGUUUCAAAAGAAAACAAGUGGAGGAGGAGCAGGACAUAAAAGAGGGCGAGGGAGGUGAAUUGGAAGAUGAGAGGAGAACUCGAGAAGCUGAGUUUGCCGUUUCAGGGGAAAAAGAGAGGAGGGAAAACACAGAAAGAGAGAAAUUCCAACAGAAGAGAGAUUCUGAGGAGAAGGUUUUUUAUGACCGAUCUGUUGAUGAGCUAUCGGGUCAUGAGUCGAGCCUCACUGAUGAGGGCAUAGUCACAGAACCAGAGGCUGGACUGGAUGACCCUGAGAGGUUAUUUGUCAGGUCAAGUUUAGGUUCAUCGUUGGCCAGAGAUGUGCUAGGUCAACCCCUGACCAUCUGGAAGCAGUCUGCUCUGCAUGAGGAUGAGUGGCCAGGGUUACACGAGGGAAUGCGAGAGGGAUCAGGGUUAAACGAGGGAAUGCGAGAGGGAUCAGGGUUAAACGAGGGAAUGCGAGAGGGAUCAGGGUUAAACGGAGGAGCGAGAGAGAAACGAGAGAACCCUGUCUCUGUUCCUGCCCUUGGGGUUGAGAGUGAGAGCAUUGCUGUAGUAACAGAGAUGAGCGGCCUCAAUAACAACAACAGUACUAGCGGGAGGGCCAAUGUAUCCCAGAGUGCCUCAGUCCCAGGACUUGAGGCUCCUCCCACUCCGAGUGCUAUCCGCCGCCGCCGUAAGUUCUCCUCAACCGGGAACGCGGGCUCUGACUCCAGCAACGGCAGCACCGGGGAGUCCAACGGGAACGGGGAUGUUUACCGUGCGCUAAGCGACCCCAUGCCUCACCGGCGCCACUCUGUGUCAGAAGAAGGGAAUAACAGCUUCUCUGUGGAUAGUAACCUGCUGGGGUCUCUCUCUCUCUCCUCCAAGGGGGCAGGAGGAGGAGUCGGAGGUGGAAGUGUCCCAGAGUCAUCCUCUACAGCUGAUCUAUCAGAGUGCACGGGCAGCGUGGCUAGCGACCUAUCGCUGUGCAGUGAUGGUGGUCUCCGUGACGACUACAGCAAUGUGAUCCGGAACAUUGUUGCGGAGCCAGGAGCGAUGGACAGACUGAUGACGGAUGACAAGAACAACGGAAAAGCCACGAAGAAGAAGUCCUUCUCUGACCCCAGUCGCCGUGGUGACGGCCCCCUGCUUGAUGAACCAGGGUUCAAAAGUCACUGUCACCCUAAAGAACCAGUCAGUGAGCUGGAUCAGCCUGGUCAGAUCCCGCCCUCCAGCAGUGAGCCAAUCCUGAGUGAGCAGAGAGAUGAGCUGUGGGAGCUUGGAGAUGAAUGUGGACACCCAUUACUUAGUCGUCAUGGCAACAAUGAAGUCGGGAAAUUCCGCUCCCAAUCAGAAAGGGAGGUGCACUCCUGUCUCCAUACUGAUGACACAGACAGAGUGGGAGGAGGGGAGAUAUUGAACUCUGACCUCAAAUUAGCGGAGCUUGUGUCUCCCGGAAUGGGCCGGCGGACCAACAGGAAACGCCCCAACUGGGUCACCCAAUCAGCAUCAGAGGAGCUGGACCACUCGGAACCAGGUCCAGAGGACCAGGAUCAAGACCAGACUGAUCUCACCCCCCCAUUGCCUCUGGUCCCCCCCAAACCCCAAACUAGGUCCAAGCACGUCCGCCACGCCAGCGAACCUGCCACCUUCAUCCCCAUCUUCCCACCUCCACAGCCCCAGCGAGCCCAAGGGGAUCCGCCUUCCCUACUACCUGCCUGUGAACUCUCCAUCCUGGGUAAGCCCACCAGUGAGGAGGCCCCCUCUCUGGAAGAUGUGACCAAGCGGUAUAUUCUGGCCCUGAAUGCUCCAGGGGGCGAGAGCGAGCCGUCUGGUUCUGAGUCUGGGUCUAGAGGAACGGUGCCUGUACCAGACGGGUCCAACUCCAGCCCUGCUACUCCCAGUGGUGCCAGAGAACCCAGACUGCAGAGGAAGAGCAGUGAGGAGCUGACCACACCAGCCCCACAGAGUGCCAAACCCAGAGUGGAUAUGAGAAGACAUGUCGUGAUGACCCUCCUGGACACUGAGCAGUCUUAUGUGGAGUCACUCCGGACACUCAUACAGGGCUAUAUGCGGCCUCUGAAGCAGCCAGACAGUGGCUCCCUAGUUGAUCCCUCAUUGGUGGAUGAGAUGUUCUAUCAGAUUCCAGAGAUCCUGGAGCACCAUGAGCACUUCCUGGAACAGGUCACCGGCUGCAUUAGCCAAUGGCACGACAGACAGACCGUGGGUCAGUUGCUUAUCCAAUCGUUCUCCAAAGAGAUUCUUGCUAAUAUUUAUUCAGCAUACAUCGAUAACUUUCUGAACGCCAAAGACGCCGUGAGGAUCGCAAAGGAGGCCAAGCCGGCAUUCCUCAAGUUCCUGGAGACCAGUAUGCGUGAGAACAAGGAGAAGCAGGCCCUGGGUGAUCUGAUGAUCAAGCCUGUCCAGAGGAUCCCCCGUUAUGAGCUGCUGGUCAAGGAUCUGUUGAAGCACACUCCUGAGGAACAUCCAGACCACCCGUUGCUAUUGGAUGCCCAGAGAGACAUCAAGCGAUUGGCUGAGAAGAUCAAUAAGGGGCGUCGCUCUGCGGAGGAGGUGGAGAGAGAGACACGCGUCAUGCAGGAGAUAGAAGCCCACAUCGAGGGAGUGGAACACGUCAGAGAUAUCCUUAACCCAAUGAGGAAGUUCCUGAGACAGGAGAUGGUGAUGGAGGCGAAGACGGUGGGGGGUAAGAAGGACCGCUCUCUCUUCCUCUUCAGUGAUCUGCUCAUCUGCACCACCCUCAAGAGGAAGUCUGGAUCCCUGAGACGCAGCUCCAUGAGCCUGUACUCUGUUGCCAGUGUGAUCGACACUUCCAGUAAAUAUAAAUUCCUGUGGAAACUUCCCCUAGAGGACGUGGAGAUGGUGAAAAACCCCUCCCAGGCAACCAACAAAGAGACCAUCCAGAAGAUGAUUGGUCGACUGGACGAGGACCUGAGUACACUGGGACAGAUCAGCAAACUAUCAGAGACUCUCAGCUUCCCUCACCAGUCUCUGGAUGAUGUGAUAAAGGACCUGAUGGCGUCGGUCCACAGGGAGCUUGCAGAGAAACAGUCUCUAGCCUUCAGUAUGAGCUUCCUGCCCACCAAGCUGGAGCUGACCACCGCCUCGGCAGAAACCAGCUUCGUCUUCGAGUUCAGCUCCCCAGACACACGCAGCAACUUCCAACAGGCCUUCGAAGAUGCCAAGAAGAAACUGGCAAUGAAUAAGGACCAGUGGGACCCAGAGUUCCUGAAGGCUAUCCCCAUUAUGAAGACUCGUAGUGGGAUGCAGUUCUCCUGUGCCUCCCCCAGCCACAGUUGUCCAGAGAGCAGCAGUGAGGUGUGGGUGUGUAACAGUGAUGGUUACGUGGGCCAGGUGUGUCUGCUCAACAUCAGAGACCAGCCCACUGUAGAGGCCUGUAUCGCUGUCUGCUCUGCUAGGAUCAUCUGCAUCGUCCCUGGACUCAAGGGGAGGGAACGUGGAGUGGAGCACUCCCCAGCCCCUCCCCCUGGAGCUGUUGACUCCACCCCAUCCCAGCAGCAGCAGCUACACAUCUCCAUCUCUCAUUCGUCGCUGGAGCUGACCGAGCCCCCUUCAGGGGCGGGGCCAGAGUUAGUUCCAUUUGAUAGUGAUGACACGGACGAUGAAGAUUCUCCUAGCCCCUCCUCCACUCUGCAGAGCCAAGCCAGUCACUCCACUGUGUCAUCCAGCUAUGGCAAUGAGGAGGGGUCUGGUUCUAAGGACAUGGCUACAGAGACCACCAGUAGUGAGGAGGAGCAGGACUACCCCGUGGCCAGUUCUUAUGGAGCUCCAGGCAGGCCAGGGGUGGGUGGAAUAGGUCGACCCCACAGCGAGAGCCCCAUGGACGGGAGAGCGAUGCGCCGCUCCUCCCGGGGAUCCUUCACCAGAGCCAGUCUGGAGGAUCUGCUCAGCAUUGACCCGGAGGCUUACCAGAGCUCUGUGUGGCUGGGCACAGAGGACGGAUGUAUCCAUGUGUACCAGUCAUCAGACAACAUCCGAAACCGCAAGAACAGCAUGAAGAUGCAGCAUUCUGCCCCCAUCCUGUGUAUUCUCUACCUGGACAACAAGGUGUUUGCGUCCCUGGCCAACGGAGAUGUGGUCGUCUACCAGAGGGAGGUGGGGAGUUUCUGGGACGCCCAGUCAUCUCAGACGUUGAGUCUUGGCACGCCCAGUAGUCCUGUCACUAAGAUGGUCCCGGUCGGAGGGAAGCUGUGGUGUGGUUCACAGAACCGCGUUCUCAUCAUCAACACAACCACACUGGUGCAAGAGCACUGGUUCCAGGUGGGCACAGACAGCAGUAGGUGUAUUACCUGCAUGGUGAGCUACGGCCAGGGAGUGUGGCUGGCGCUCCAGGGUAGUGCCCAGAUCAGACUUUACCACGCCCAGACCUGGGACAGCCUGACGGAGGUGGACGUGGCCCCCGCCGUGCACAAGAUGCUUGCAGGUUCAGAUGCGAUCAUCCGGCAACACAAGGCAGCGUGUCUGAGGAUCACAGCUCUCCUGGCCUGUAAGGACCUGCUGUGGAUCGGGACCAGCGCAGGGGUGGUCCUGACCCUGUCUAUCCCAGCCGUCAGCUCUGGGACUGUGUCAGGGACGCUGCGGUCACCUCUGACCCCCAUGGGCUCCGCUCAUGGACACACUGGCCAUGUUAGGUUCCUCACCUCCAUAGAACUACCUGAAGGCUUCGACGUCAACUUCCCCCUGCCCGCCGAUACCACAGGCAACCCAGCCCAGAGUGGUGUUGAAGGGGGUAAUGGGGGUCUGCAGAGGCGAGAUUCCGCUCGCCGUCGAGCCUCCGCCCUCCUGCCCGUUAAAACCAAUCAGUUGGUGAUCUCCGGUGGCGAUGGCUAUGAGGACUUCCGGCUGACCAAUAGCAGUGAGACAGUGGGGCGGGACGACAGUACCAACCACUUACUGCUGUGGAGGGUCUGAGCCAAUCAGCCGGCCCCAUUUAUCAAAACCCACCCAUUCAGCACCAGCAACAUACUGCCCUGGAGGAUGUGAGGCCAAGCCCCCUGCCCCGGGUCUGAGCCAAUGAGAGUCCCCCGACCCAUUUGAACCCCACCCUCAGCAAAAACCACACAUAAACCCGACCCCUCCUCCUCAAAACCCACCCCCGUUUUUAUUAGGUCCAGUAUUUUUGAGUUAUUUUCUCCGUCUUCUGAUCUCUCUGUGCAUGGGUGUUGUUAGCCCUGGCUGAAAAACUACAGGGUCGCUUCAAACCAGGUUUCUGUUGUUGUUUUGGUUUGUUCUGAUGCAACUGUCUGUGUUGUUAAUCACUGAGUGAUGUGUCUGGUGUUUCGGCGUGGACUCUGUCUCUACAGACUUUACUAGGAGAGAGGGAGGGAAUGAGUGAGAGAGAGGGAAAGAGAGGGAGAGAAAGAGAGAGCGAGAGAUUGGGACAGUGACCAGAGAAAAGUGUGGAUAAGGACAGACCGAUUAGGUGAAGGAUAGGGAGAGAGAAGGAAAUAGAGAGAGGUUGAGGCAGACAGGCUGAAAGGGUACUGAUGGGAAGAAGAUUGUGAAUUCUGCAACAAGCCAAAUGAUGGACUGAUGGAAGUAAAAAUGGAACAAGGCCAUCCUAACACUCCAUCCUAGGGAGGAGAGGAGAAAUGGAACAAGGCCAUCCUAACACUCCAUCCUAGGGAGGAGAGGAGAAAUGGAACAAGGCCAUCCUAACACUCCAUCCUAGGGAGGAGAGGAGAAAUGGAACAAGGCCAUCCUAACACUCCAUCCUAGGGAGGAGAGGAGAAAUGGAACAAGGCCAUCCUAACACUCCAUCCUAGGGAGGAGAGGAGAAAUGGAUGGAACAAGGCCAUCCUAACACUCCAUCCUAGGGAGGAGAGGAGAAAUGGAUGGAACAAGGCCAUCCUAACACUCCAUCCUAGGGAGGAGAGGAGAAAUGGAACAGGGCCAUCCUAACACUCCAUCCUAGGGAGGAGAGGAGAAAUGGAUGGAACAAGGAAACUAAAGAGUAAACAUUAUAAAAGUAACCAAUGUGCAAUAUAUGGCAAGGGUACCUACUAAGACUAUAUAAACAUACACACACACACACACACUUUCUUCACUCGUUCGACAAAACACAGCUCGUCUUUCCAUAGCCUAUGACAAACAUACACAUACAACUAGUUCUCACACCUAAAUCACUUUUGUGUUUAUAAUUUUAAAGUUUUUUUGUUCUAUUUAAAGAGAAACAACAUCCCACUACCGCAGUGACGUGUGUUUCAAAGCAUUUGUUUUAGGGGGCUGUAGUAGAAGAGAUAUGUUUGUUAUAGGGGGCUGUAGUAGAAGAGAUAUGUUUGUUUUAGGGGGCUGUAGUAGAAGAGAUAUGUUUGUUAUAGGGGGCUGUAGUAGAAGAGAUAUGUUUGUUUUAGGGGGCUGUAGUAGAAGAGAUAUGUUUUUUUUAGUGGGCUGUAGUAGAAGAGAUAUGUUUGUUUUAGUGGGCUGUAGUAGAAGAGAUGUUUGUUUUAGGGGGCUGUAGUAGAAGAGAUAUGUUUGUUUUAGUGGGCUGUAGUAGAAGAGAUAUGUUUGUUUUAGUGGGCUGUAGUAGAAGAGAUAUGUUUGUUUUAGGGGGCUGUAGUAGAAGAGAUAUGUUUGUUUUAGGGGGCUGUAGUAGAAGAGAUAUGUUUGUUUUAGUGGGCUGUAGUAGAAGAGAUAUGUUUGUUUUAGUGGGCUGUAGUAGAAGAGAUAUGUUUGUUUUAGGGGGCUGUAGUAGAAGAGAUAUGUUUGUUUUAGUGGGCUGUAGUAGAAGAGAUAUGUUUGUUUUAGUGGGCUGUAGUAGAAGAGAUAUGUUUGUUUUAGGGGGCUGUAGUAGAAGAGAUAUGUUUGUUAUAGGGGGCUGUAGUAGAAGAGAUAUGUUUGUUUUAGUGGGCUGUAGUAGAAGAGAUAUGUUUGUUUUAGAGGGGGCUGUAGUAGAAGAGAUAUGUUUGUUAUAGGGGGCUGUAGUAGAAGAGAUAUGUUUGUUUUAGGGGGCUGUAGUAGAAGAGAUAUGUUUGUACAGUAUUUAUGUUUUUGAUUUCAUCUUUGUCUUUUUUACAGCACUUAAUUUAUAGAUGUGUUUUUCUCUCUUUCUUUACCCCGAAGAGAUGAUUUACAGGAGCUCUCACACACACACACACACACACACACACACACACACACACACACACACACACACACACACACACACACACACACACACACACACACACACACACACAAACAAACCAGUGCCCUCAGGUUCAGGGUGGUGAUAGUGUUUAAUCUCUCCAAGCCAAGAGAACUCCCCUACAAACCAUCUGGGGACAUCACCUUCAACCACUCCAACCAAAUGUAUCAGCAUUAGGCUAAUUCCCCCAUUGUGAGCCAAUGAAGAGGCUAACGGAUAAUCGGGCGCGACAGGUAGCCUAGCGGUUAAGAGUGUUGGGCCAGUAACCGAAAGGUCGCUGAUUCAAAUCGAUGUGCUCUUGAGCGAGGCACAAUCCUAAUUGCUCCUGUAAGUUACUCUGGAUAAGAGCGUCUGCUAAAUGACUCAAAUAUAAUCGGAUAACCUGGUCGUUUGAUACUCGUCUGCUGCUAGCUGUGUCUCUGUGUAGACGUAUAUUAGUGGAGCAACCUGUGUCUGUGUAAGUGCUCUGAAACUUUAGCCAAGUGUGGAAUUCUAGUUGGUUAUUCUAUCCGUGUUAUUGUGAUGUCAUAUUGGGUUGACUGUGGAACCAUGUGGAUGUCAUAUUGGGUUAACUGUGGAACCAUGUGAUGUCAUAUUGGGUUGACUGUGGAACCAUGUGAUGUCAUAUUGGGUUAACUGUGGAACCAUGUGGAUGUCAUAUUGGGUUGACUGUAGAACCAUGUGAUGUCAUAUUGGGUUGACUGUAGAACCAUGUAGAUGUCAUAUUGGGUUGACUGUAGAACCAUGUGAUGUCAUAUUGGGUUGACUGUAGAACCAUGUGAUGUCAUAUUGGGUUGACUGUAGAACCAUGUGAUGUCAUAUUGGGUUGACUGUAGAACCAUGUGAUGUCAUAUUGGGUUGACUGUAGAACCAUGUGAUGUCAUAUUGGGUUGACUGUAGAACCAUGUGAUGUCAUAUUGGGUUGACUGUAGAACCAUGUGGAUGUCAUAUUGGGUUGACUGUAGAACCAUGUGAUGUCAUAUUGGGUUGACUGUGGAACCAUGUGGAUGUCAUAUUGGGUUAACUGUGGAACCAUGUGGAUGUCAUAUUGGGUUGACUGUGGAACCAUGUGGAUGUCAUAUUGGGUUGACUGUGGAACCAUGUGGAUGUCAUAUUGGGUUGACUGUAGAACCAUGUGAUGUCAUAUUGGGUUGACUGUGGAACCAUGUGGAUGUCAUAUUGGGUUGACUGUGGAACCAUGUGGAUGUCAUAUUGGGUUGACUGUAGAACCAUGUGAUGUCAUAUUGGGUUGACUGUAGAACCAUGUGGAUGUCAUAUUGGGUUGACUGUAGAACCAUGUGAUGUCAUAUUGGGUUGACUGUGGAACCAUGUGGAUGUCAUAUUGGGUUGACUGUAGAACCAUGUGAUGUCAUAUUGGGUUGACUGUAGAACCAUGUGAUGUCAUAUUGGGUUGACUGUGGAACCAUGUGGAUGUCAUAUUGGGUUGACUGUAGAACCAUGUGAUGUCAUAUUGGGUUGACUGUAGAACCAUGUGAUGUCAUAUUGGGUUGACUGUGGAACCAUGUGGAUGUCAUAUUGGGUUGACUGUGGAACCAUGUGGAUGUCAUAUUGGGUUGACUGUGGAACCAUGUGGAUGUCAUAUUGGGUUGACUGUGGAACCAUGUGGAUGUCAUAUUGGGUUAACUGUGGAACCAUGUGAAUGUCAUAUUGGGUUGACUGUGGAACCAUGUGGAUGUCAUAUUGGGUUGACUGUGGAACCAUGUGGAUGUCAUAUUGGGUUAACUGUGGAACCAUGUGGAUGUCAUAUUGGGUUGACUGUGGAACCAUGUGGAUGUCAUAUUGGGUUGACUGUAGAACCAUGUGAUGUCAUAUUGGGUUGACUGUGGAACCAUGUGGAUGUCAUAUUGGGUUGACUGUGGAACCAUGUGGAUGUCAUAUUGGGUUGACUGUGGAAACAUGUGGAUGUCAUAUUGGGUUAACUGUGGAACCAUGUGGAUGUCAUAUUGGGUUGACUGUGGAACCAUGUGAUGUCAUAUUGGGUUGACUGUGGAACCAUGUGGAUGUCAUAUUGGGUUAACUGUGGAACCAUGUGGAUGUCAUAUUGGGUUAACUGUGGAACCAUGUGGAUGUCAUAUUGGGUUGACUGUAGAACCAUGUGAUGUCAUAUUGGGUUGACUGUGGAACCAUGUGGAUGUCAUAUUGGGUUGACUGUGGAACCAUGUGGAUUUUAGAGCGAAGAUAUUUCUAUCCAUUAUAUUUCCAUGGGCCCCCCCCCCCCCACAGUAACUGCAUAGUACAUUUUUAUAAACACUACAUUGUAGAAAAUGAAGUGAAAGACGUCCAUGCUAGCUUUCAUGUUAAUCAAGUAACAAAAUGUAGUAGAAUAUCACUGUGGCAAAGACAUUCAGAAUUUAUCAUUCACACUUCUUCUAACCAUCAUAAUAAUUUCAUGCUGCCAUCCUAGUAAAUGUCCGUAAUUCUUGUAAGUAACCUUUCUGCCAGUGUCUGAAAGAAGUCUGUAUUGUGUAAUGUAAAUAUUGGUAUAUAUUGCUGCUUUUUCUGUAAAUAGUGCACCCACACGGUCCUCAAUUGUUGAUAUGAAGCGAAUGGCAUAUUUUUAUAUACUUGUGUGUGUUUUUUCUCCUCUGGCAUGCGCUGUCAAUCACGUUUAAAUUAUAACUGUCACAGAAUUACAAAAGAGAGAAACUAGACGGCUUCUAUGGUCAUACUUCAGUUGUCAUGGUUACUUCACAGUUUCUUCCUGUAGCUGUUUCUGUUUCGUCACUGUUGAAUUCUACUUUGGAAUUAAAUGAUGUCACUGGUGCCAGACGA